AUGUUUUUUUGGACUCUGCUCUUCGUCUCUCUGCUGUCAUCUGCAGUCAGCGUCUCUCCGUCUGCUCGUCCUGCAGAUGAAUGCUCCGGCAUGUCAGUCCGUCUGCGGGCGUUCCGGUUGAAGACCUCAUGUAACUACUCCACCUUGAAGGAGAAUCAGCUGAGGGAGAUCCAGGCACCAACCACAAACCUGUACCUGCCUGUCUUGUACCUGAUGGCCUUUGUGGUGGGCCUGCCCUCCAACCUGCUGGCUCUCUGGGUCCUGGUCUUCAGGACUAAACAUCAGCCGUCCACCACGCUGCUCAUCAACCUAACCGUGGCAGACUGCCUUCUGCUGCUGGCUCUGCCGUUCCGGAUCGUGUACCACUUCCGGGGGAACCACUGGGAGCUGGGCGAGGCUUCCUGUCGCGUUGUCAUGGCGAUGUUCUAUGGGAACAUGUACGGGUCCGUGUUGUGUCUGGCUCUGGUGGCUCUGGACCGCUACAUCGCUUUGGUUCACCCCUUUGGCGCCAAGACGCUGCGCAGCCGCCGCAUGUCUCUGUACAUGACGGCGGGUGUGUGGUUGGUGGUCCUGGCGGCCAUGCUACCCCUGCUGGUGUCUCAGCAGACCUACUUCCUACAGGAGCUGGACAUCACCACCUGCCACGACGCGCUGCCGGAGGAGGAGCAGGAGAACUACUUCCUGCCGUACUUCGCCACCUUGUUCACGCUGUGCUUCCUGCUGCCCUUCCUGGUCGUGGUGUUCUGUCACGGCGCCGUGUUGCGCACCCUGCUGGCCGAGGGGAAGCGUUACGGACACGCAGUGCGGGUGACGGUGCUGGUGCUGGUGGUCUUCAUCGUGUGCCUGUUACCCAGCAACAUCCUCCUGCUCCUCACCUACGCCGACAGCUCGCUGGAAGGAGACGGCGAGGACGUCUAUGUCCCCUACAUGGUUAGCUUAGCAUUUAGCACCUUCAACAGCUGCAUCGACCCCUUCAUCUUCUACUACGUCUCCGUGGAGUUCAGGGAAAAGGCGAGGAGCGCGUUGAGCUGCCGCAGCACCCCCAAACCAUCCCACGUGUCCCACUCUUCAUCAUCGUCAUCAUCAGGCCUGAGGUCAAAGGUCACCCUGCUGACGAUGUCCAGCCAGGCCAGGAUGUCUGAGAGGGGAACAUGUUCACCUGCCGCCAUCACAAACUGACCACGUGCAUAAACCACAUGACAUCACAGCUGUCACCAUGAUGACUGAGAACGCCAUGAUAUGAAGGAAGAGUCCUGAUCACGUGACGGAUCAAAGAUUUGAUUAUGACUUUGGUUUACAUAUAAUCAUCCUGCAUGGUUUACAUCACCCUUAUA